GCCAAUUUUUUUUAUCCGGGGUCAUGCAGCUGUAACAAUUAUCUACAUGACACACUACAGGCAAUAUGAGACUAUAGCCGUACCAUUUUUAUCUAUGUUUACCCCACUAUAAACAGUCAUGUAGUACACUACUAGUGUACCACAGGGUUAAUCAGGGUUAAUUUAUCUAUAAACCAUUUACAUGUGAAAGAGACACUAAAUCCUGCUUCCUUGUUUACCCCAUUAAAUUUCUGACACAGGAAAAUUUUUCAUUAAACUUUGAAGCUUGUAUUAGCCGCGGAUUUCUCCACCCCUGGUUUGGCCGUAGAAUGAUUUGAGGACACAUUUUAGUUGUACCUGUUGUUGUCUACACAGAGCAAUUGAUGGUUCUCCAUGACGCACUUUACGCCUUUACUGACACUGUGGUGUGUAUUUGUACUGAUGGUUGGAACAGGCGUUUGGGCCAGAGAUGUCCUUGGUGGAAUUGGUCUGAAGAUGGACUGUGUUAGUUCGAAUACCUCUGCCUCUGUUGAAUGGUGUAAGAAGGAACAAUGUGGUGAUGACGACCCCGCAAUUGAAUGCUGGGAACAGAACACCCUGCAAAUCGAAAAUGUGUCGUAUCACAAAGAUAAAGGCUGUUACCUGUGCAUGGACCAAGACACUAACGAAACACUACACAACGAAUCCUUCAAUAUAUACGAAACUCCUAAGAGAGUAUGGCUGACAGAUAAAACCAGUGUACCCCUAGUCUCCGUGGCCGGCAGGUUAGGCGACGUUGUAAGCUUGGCCUGUAAUGUUCCAUGCUCUAACCCGGAACCUCGUGUCCUGUGGGAAGACAGUAAUGGCAUAUCAAUAGGCAACGGAAGUCUCAUGCCAGAGGGCGAGUGCAACUACACUAGUGCCAUCGAUGUCAAACUGACUCCCGGCUUGGCGGGAAAUACCAUAAAGUGUUUAGCUCAGAAUAUUGCAAUGUGGCCGCCAGUUAGUGCAGCAUCCGAGGUUAUACUUACACCAAGAAACGUUAUUCGCCUGAAUCUUUGGUCAGCUGUCUUAUCUCUUUGA